CUCAGGCUGACAGACUAGCUUAUACAGUAGUAUAGCACCACAAUGAUAUCAUUUAUGUACUUAAUGGAGAGUAGUCUUCAUAAACACAGACAGGCUGUCACAGGCUGACUCUAAUGUGUGUACCUGUGACUAGCUCCGAGACCUUGGUGUCCUCGCUCGCUGAUGGCUUGUAAAAUCAUGCUGCUGUUGCCGCACCCAGUGGGGCUUUUUGCGAGGAUUGCAAGAUCACUUACCUGGUGCGCUUCUGUAUUCGUUCGACUGUUCUUUAUGCUCGCAUCCAAUCAUCUGGUGCACGAUAUCAUGUCGCUGCCACCACCAUCAUCCAAUAUGAUUCAUAGGUCGUUGUCAACAUCCAGUUCAAGUACACAUCCAUCGGUCCCGACGAUAUCCGGCUGGACAUACUCAACCAAGUCUCACCGCACUGUGUUCUCUUAUUGUUGACACCAAAUGACAUAUCAUAUAGGGCACAAUCAGGUUUCCUUUCGCUGGUGAGUUUUCU